AACCUAACCCAACUCUUUCAGUCAGUUUCAGGUUAUAAAAUCUUCCAUUGUUCAAAACCGAUGUGGAUGAAGAGUCCCUUCAAUUUAUAAAAACAUGGCGAGAUCUUUGUCUAACGUUAUCUUGAAGGGAAUCGCAGGUUACCCAGUUGGGCGUUCUGCUAGACUUGUAUCUGGACCCUUUCACAACAAUGGAAUGAAGUACUCCACUUCUCUGCCCGAUGAUCCAGACACACAUGAAGAUUUUAGAUCCACUAAUAAGGUUGAGAGCUCUGGUCCUUCUCUGAAGGAUGUUGUUGAGCAGGAUGUCAAAGAAAACCCAGUAAUGAUUUAUAUGAAAGGGAUUCCUGAGAAUCCUCAAUGUAAAUUCAGCGCAAUGGCUGUGCGAGUGCUGCAACAAUACAGUGUUCAUUUAAGUGCUAGAAAUAUUUUGGAGAAUGCCGAGCUUAAAGGUGCUGUAAAAGCCAUCAGCCACUGGCCUACAUUUCCUCAGAUUUUUAUCAAGGGAGAGUUUAUUGGAGGUUCAGAUAUAAUUCUCAAUAAGCACCAGAAUGGCGAGCUGAAAGAGAAGCUCAAAGAUAUUUUGGCGGAUCAGAAGCCAGAAUGAAUUGCUGUUGUUGAAUACCAAGUGUUGGGAUAGACCUAUUAGGUGUUUACUGUUAUCAUGCGUUAUUCUACUAGCUUUUUUUUAUUUUUUCCUCUUCUUAAAAUCCAUAACAGCUUCACGCGAAUACUUUGGCUGAUUUUAAUUUUCCACCCUUCAAAAUCUGCCGGAAUUCAAACUUAUUUAAUCUAUUAAUUGGAGGACAUUACUGCAA